UGCUCCCAUGAUUCUUUACAUCUUUGCUCCACCAAGACAUGAAGCAGAAACAUAACAGAAACAACAACAGAAAUCAUGUCAUACCAACAUGUGCAUCAUAGUGGAUCCUAAUCUUUCCACAGAGAUGUUUCAUGAGGGAAACUGACAUAGUUCUGCUUUGACAUGAGCAGUAAACAUGUGUGUGUAUGUUUAUAUGAUCACGUUUGUCAGGGGCUCAGCCUGACACUUUAACGCCCAUGCAGCCCCUGUGCUGUGCCUGAGCGCCGGGUAUCCUCUCUCUCUGCGUCUCUCUGCGUCUCCCUGCCUCCAUCAGGACGCAGAGCUCCGCCUCGGAUGCUGCUGCUGCUGCUGCUGCUGUUUAUCUGAUUACCGCGAUACAGCGCUGCGUCUCCUUAAGGCGACACUCCGGUUUAAUUAAUUAGACGACCGGACAGAGAGGGACAGAGACGCCGAGGAGCAGCAUCCGCCGGGUCGCCACCAUCUUCUCUCUGCAGGACGUCGCGUGUCGCCACUUCACUUCACCACCUUGAAGUUAUGAAACGGGCUGUGAUCUGACCCUGCAUGCCUGCAGAAAACCCCCCAGGACCCUCUCCUCCCCCAUUCUGCGAUUCAUGGACUACCAAUGCAUCGCACUGGUUCUUCCUGCCUUUUCUUCCGCAGACGCGUCGCUACCUCCUUGCCUCAUAUUUAGGUGAUGAAACCGGCUGUAGAUCCGCGGCCUUCCGCUCCUCACUCCUGUUCCACACAUGGACCCUGUAGUAGCUAUGGCCUCUGUUAAAAACGUACAUAAAUAUGCGUUCUGCGUGUCCGGCCUAUUGCAUUUCCACGUUCUCGUUCGCCGCCCAUGCGUCGCCGCUGCCGCGCCACCGCGUCUUCACUUGCUCCCCUCAUGGACUCUGAAAUCUGCGUGAAGCACGCGUCCUCUCCGCGUCUACGCCCUCCAUCUGCCGCGGAUGCGGUGCGCUUGGGUGCUCGCUGUCUACUCGCCUUGGCCCGUCACUGAUUCUCUGGUCCGGGGGGGCUGGUGCCCGCAGAGAGGCAGGAUGGUGCGGAUAGCCAGCGCGCUGGGGCUCGUCAUGUUCAGCGUGGCGCUGCUCAUCCUGUCGCUCAUCAGCUACGUGUCCAUCAAGAAGGACUUCUUGCUCAGCACCCCCAGAUACGGACCUAACGGAGGAUCCAGGAUGUCCAUGUUCCACACAGGGUUUCGCGAGAGGCCACCUCGCAAACCUGACCUGAGCUCCCAGCUGGCGAUGAAGUAUCUGGAUCCAGCUUUCACUCCUCUGACCAACGCUCUCAGCGAGGACCUGCAGAACUCCUCUAAAUGGAGCUACAACCACACCGCUUUUAUAAAGCUGAAAAAGGAGAUCUCGCAGUACAUCGAUAUCCCCCACAACUUCACACUGACACGAGGCUCAGUCCGAAUCGGGCAGCUGAUGCACUAUGACUACUCCAGCCACAAGUACGUCUACUCCAUCGGUGAGAACUUUCGCUCGCUGCUCCCUGAAACCUCGCCGAUCCUCAACAAACACUACAAUGUCUGUGCCGUGGUUGGCAACAGCGGCAUCCUCACCGGCUCCCGCUGUGGCCCUCAAAUUGAGAAGUUUGACUUCGUCUUCCGUUGCAACUUUGCGCCAACUGAGAUAUUUAAGAAGGAUGUUGGACGACGGACCAACAUGACAACCUUUAACCCCAGUAUCCUGGAGAAAUACUACAACAAUUUACUGACUGUGCAGGACAGGAACAACUUCUUCUUGAGUUUGAAGAAGCUAGACGGUGCCAUUCUGUGGAUUCCUGCGUUUUUCUUCCACACAUCAGCCACAGUGACGAGGACGCUGGUCGAUUUCUUUGUGGAACACCGUGGUCAGCUCAAGGUCCAGCUGGCAUGGCCCGGAAACAUCAUGCAGUAUAUCAACAAUUACUGGAAAACCAAGCAUCUGUCGCCAAAGCGCCUGAGCACUGGCAUCCUGAUGUACACACUGGCGUCCUCCAUGUGUGACCAGAUUCACUUGUACGGCUUCUGGCCUUUUGGCUGGGACCCUAACACGGGCAAGGAGCUGCCGUACCACUACUACGACAAGAAGGGCACCAAGUUCACCACCAAGUGGCAGGAGUCCCAUCAGCUGCCUGCCGAGUUCAAACUCCUCUACAAGAUGCACAUGCAGGGAAUGCUGAAGCUCUCGCUCUCCCACUGUGCUUAGGCCUGAAACUGCAUCAGGAACAGACUUCAAACUCCUCUCAACGCUUCCACAGGCCAGAGUAGUCAAGAUGAAGAGGCAGACAAGGGAAAGGAUCCAGGUGGUUUUGCCAAAAGUAAAAUCUUGGUGCAAUGGGUUCUUAAACUGUUUUCAGCCAAAGAUCCCAGAGCAAAAGCCCACAAUCCUGUACUCAUGAUGAACCAAUUGUGUAAGCCUCAACAGUCCCAGAAACAAGGAGGCUAUUCAUUUCUUCAAUAAUUUCAAGAAGACGAGGACUGCUGCAGCUUGACUUUUAGGCCGCACCACUCUUCAGUAUAGUAUCACAACCUUGAAUUGUUUCAUGGUGUUUUUAUCCCUCAUCAAGCGCACAUUGCUCGUAGAUUCAAUCAUAGAGAAAACUAUUGUCACUGAUAACUUACGAGGUUUGUAAAAUCCUGUCUCAUAUUACUAUAGCUGUCCAGUCUAUUGGCAUCCGAUAAGAAUUCAGACUCAUGGAUGUGUGACAUUGUAUUUCUCACUACAUGACUUGUCAUCUUUCACAACUUCUAUGACGCACAAAGAUGAUUGGUUGAGAGGUUCUGGGGAUCAGCUUCACUCUUCCACCUGGGAGCAUCAUGGCAAUAUCAUUACUCUUCAGCUUCCCCAUGUUGUUAACCAACAGGUGGAAAAAAAGAAAGAAAGUUCUGUUCUUUUUGUUGGGACAUAUUUAGAUGUCACAGGUGCUGCAAGAGUUGUUCUCCACAUUGCAAGGGAUAAAAUGAGCAACUGACUUGGCCUAUACUCAUUUUUGUUUCCAACCUCUCAUGUCCAGUAUCAUUAUCAGGCUGAUUUCAUGCAGUCUGGCUAUCAGCAGCUGGCAGCAGACUAUCAUCUGAUGACAAUAUAGCCUCUGGGGGCAGUGGCCAAUGUUUCUGGGCGUCUAGUGUAUGGAUAACGGAUAGCCAGGCCAAGAAUUCCCCUGCAGUCCAAUUAGCAACUUGAUACGUGAGAAUGACGAGAAAGGCACAAUUAUGCUAAUCUCUGUAAAUGGAUAUCAGCAUAUGAAUGCUAAUGAAGAAGAUCGGUUUAUAAAGAUUAGAAAAGGGAAGAAAAAUGUCACAUGGGUGUGUCAUCUACAUUGUUGGAUGUUAAAAUAUUUCAACCUACCAGGAAAGUAUUUUCCUUCUUUGUUUAACAGCUCAGAACACUUUCUCCAUUGAUACAUUUAAUAGUGACACACUUCAUUUUAGUGAAACAGGUUUAGGCAUGCAGCAGAAACACGUAUACAAUAACCUACAAUAAGUGACAAAUUAAGGUAAAUUAACCGUAGAUCUUUCAUGUGCAUAGUUAUUUAUUGACAGGUUGAUUAAAAAUCUUAAUUUGUUCCCCAAACGUCAGUGCAUUUAUUCUUAAAACGCAAUUCCUUGAAUUUUGGGAGGCAGCAGAACAAGUUGAAAAUGGAACAUUGACAUAUUAACACCUUUUUUUUCCCUACAGCUAAUGUGUUAAUAAGCUUCCUAUAAAGUCAUCCAGCAGACACAGAGCAACAUCACCAUCAUUUGAGUUGUGUUUGAGCCCACCUGAUGAAUGUAAGUCAAAUAGUCACCCUCUUUUAGCUCUUGUUUGGUUUCCACCAACACCCAAGGAAAAUAUCAAAGUUUAAGACUUCAUGACAGCAACAAGCACAACCAUAAUCUGUAAGGACAUAGGAUGAGUCAGGUUGUGUCUCCACGAGACAUCUAACAGCUGUAGAAGCACACAGAGAGAUGACGACACCAGAUAUGUCAACAUUGUGGGCAAAGGUAGAACUGUCUGUUUCAAACUUGGCCACAACAAAUCUGAGGAGUCCCUGUUAGCGUGAGUGAACUUGAAUUCUAGUAGUUUACAAUUGUCUGUCGUGUUCUGAUAUAUUUGACCAAAUUUCAUGUUAAGUCUUUCUUUUUUUUAAGUGACAGCCCUACUUUGUGAAGAUUGUUAAUGUUAGCUAACCAGCACUAUGCAACCUAUCAGGAGGAUUCCCUUUUCAGCCAGUAUGCUGCCAUUUCUUUUCUUCUGUGCUGAUUUUUGCCUCCAUUUUUGUGUGUUUUAAAUAAAUAUCAGGGUUUAAAAUUAAGUUAUGCGUGUUAGAAUAUGGCCUCACCUUCCCUUAGUGUUAUGAAUUGCUACUUUAGCCAGGUGGCUUCAUGUUUUAAAAUAGUUUUAUUGUAAAUCUUUAAUAUGAUGUUAUGAAUAUGACAAGAGCCGAGGAUAAAGAUAGCAGCAUAGAUUAUUGCUACUGGAUUAUGAAUCUACAAGGAGGCAGUGAUGGCGGGCAACCUGCACAAAUAUUGGACACAGUACACAUCAUCCACCCUGACCUCCACACCCUUACUUUCUGCCUUCGCUACAUAAAGCACACACUACUCCCUGCAUCAGAGUUGAAUGUUGGCGUUGGCAAAUUUGUUAAAUACCAACAGAAUUGCUGGAGAAACUGAAAUGGGAUUUAAAACCUACAUAACACAACAACGUAGGAGUUUAGAGUCAGAAAGACUAUAGAUGACUAAUCACAAACAUUACCUAACAAAAAAGAGAACAUACAGCAACUGUUACUGAAGCACACUGCUCUCAUGUCGAAGAAGUAAAAGAACCAUAUCGAUGAGGAAUGUGAGUGUUAGUGUUUCAUUUGUUAAGAGAGAGAAGAUCUCGAGUUCCACUUCACACUUUGUCCGUCUGCGAUGUCCAACAUGAGACAACAUGAAACACAAGGCACCUUAGAUAAUUAAAACAGAGAGCAACAUAUUCUCACAGCCACUUUUGUAUUCCACAAAGACAACAAAUACGUUUUUGUAACAUGUCCUACAGCAGGCCGUCUAUUCAUGAGAGAACUAUACAUUUGGGGAUUAAGAUUGGAUUGAAGUCUUUGGGAUAAAUUAAGGUUUUCUCUGAAUUUAAUGAGUUUGAGUCCACCAUUUUCAUAAAUGUAGCGACAAAAAUUGUUGGGCCUCUGGCUUUCCAUAAUGUGCAUUUGUAUACUCAGGUUUUUGUGAAUGGGUACAGUUGUACAAACUACAUUUAUGGUUGCUUUGGUCUCUCUUUGUGUGAUUAUGGAGACACUUUUGUGUGCUUUGUUGUAUGUCAAAGUUUUUCAAGUCCAUUGAGUACGUGUCAUUCGUAUAUUAUGAUUAUUAAGUAUAUUAAGAUGCUCAGUCAUCUUUGUUUUUUUAAUUAAAUUUUUAUUUUAAAUGAGAACUGAUAUAUAUUUAUGUUGCUACAUAAUUCCCAUCAUAUCCUGGAGUGUUCAGAUUGUUCCACACAUUGCAGUCUGGCAUUUGCAUCUGGGCAUUUUACUUUAAGGAAUAAAUAUACAGCAUAAACUUUACAGAUAAGACAACAGACAAGUGGUCUGGUAGUUCUUCAUCGGGGAGUAUCUAAGAACCCUCAGACCACUAAACCAUUGUAAAAAAGAAAAUGUGAAUUUCUCACAUAUAAAACAUCAUUUUACAUGUGCUAAAUUCACUUUUAAUGCCUGUUUUUUAAUCAUAUCAAAUCUGAAUUAUUAUAUUUAACAUGCUUUUUGGAAAGGGAGUGACUUUUGUCUCUUUUCAGUGUUUUGUUUUUUCAUGAAUUUUCAUGUCCACUGCAAAGAGUUAAUGACACAACAAAUGGAGAGAAACUGGGACUAUUUUUGUAAUCUGCAGCUGAAUUUGAGCCGUUUCUGCCUUGUUUGUUGUGUUUGUUUGUUUUUUAGUCUCCGUCUACAGUUUCAUUUCAAUCUGACAUAUCUAUGAAAUGUGACAUUUUCAAGACUUUGACAAAAAGAUUGUUGGCAUGAAGGUUAAACUCACAAAGAAAAAUAGAAAUAAUGGUAUUUUUUAUUUGACAUGAGCACAUUAAAAACUCAAUAGGAUGUCAUUUUGUUUCACGUUUUUGUCUUCUUUUGCCACCUCAUAUUUUUCUUACAUAAAAUAUAAAAUAUAAGCGUCAGGUAAAGUUUUUCCAGAAUGUAUUUUUUGCAUUUUGAAUGAUGCUGGCUCCAUCCAUAUUGAUAUGUCUUUAGAGAUGACUCUUUUAAGAGUAAUAUAUACUAAAACCACAUUUAGAUAUCAUCCACAAUAUGCUGUAGAAUAACUAACAUCUUU